UGUAACCAAAUAUUUCAUCAGAUACAGUGCUAUUGACCCCAGGCAAUACGGCUGUCCUGUCUCUCUUCUGCACCUUGGCUUUAUCAUCUAUGCCUCUCGAGCAAAAUGCCUCUCGACACAAUCUCCACUUACUCGCAAACCCUGCUCAGACAGGACGGCCGACGGUGGAAUGAGCUGCGGCGCAUCUUUGCCUCAAUUUCAACUCAGCCUUCCAGUGAUGGGUCUAGUAUGCUUACUAUGGGUAACACGGUAGUUCUCUGCACCGUGACUGGACCAAGAGAAGGACGAGGCCAACGCGACAAUAACAACGCGCUCGUCGAAACCGACUUGAACGUCGCGCCGUUUGCAUCAAUGGACCGACGCCGGCGAACCCGCACCGACAAGCAAAUCCAAGAACUCCAGUCCACAAUCUCCUCGUCAUUUCAAUCCCACCUGUUCACGCACUUGUAUCCGCGCUCUCUGAUCACCAUCUCCUUGCACGUCUUGAGCCUUGAUGGAGGGCUGCUCGUCGCGUGCUUGAAUGCCGCAAGCCUAGCAUUGGUCGAUGCCGGGGUGCCCAUGCCGAGCAUCCUCGCCGCCGUGAGCUGCGGGGUUAUUAUUCCUACGGACGAUUCCAAGGCAAAGGCAGAGCCAAUGCUCGAUUUGAACAACACAGAAGAGCAAGAGUUGGCAUUUCUCACAAUAGCUACGGUCUCCGGGGGCGAGAAGCAGGAGGAUAAAGUGUCGGUGCUGAUGAUGGAGUCACGAGUCGAGAUCGCAGCUGGUAGCGAGAAGGUGGAAGCCAUGCUGGCCACCGGCGUGGAUGGCUGUAAAGAGGUGAGGAGGAAGAUGGAGGAUGUGGUCCGGAAGCAUGGCGCCAAAGUCAUGAUGAGUCGGAGGUGAUUUUGGGAUGAUAAGAUGAUGCACGCCACGAUUGAUGACAUGGACCUUGGGCCCUCGUCUGUCGAUACAGGGAACAUCAACUCGCCGUACUCGAUUCGGUAUCAGGAACUGAAUCAUUCUACACACUGACCGGAGGCCUACGAUUUAUGAGGAUUCAAGAUUCGACCAUCUGCACGCUGAGCACGAGAUGAUUGGCCCUAGAGAAUUCGCUGUUGAAGAUUGCGGUCGCAUGAGUACGAUGGACACGAAAGGGCGUAUGGAUAGUGUCUGCAGAGACACUUUGGGCUGAGUGUUGGAUCGCUGAGGGCCAGCGACUGGAGGACCAGACGGAAGGCAAACGCGAAAACGCUUUUCAAAUUAUCGAUUCAAACCACUGCCUUGGACACUUGGAACAAAAUGAGCCGAUUAUCUCCUCUGGCCUUCCCUCAACCUUCUACAUGAUGUCUAUCAAAGCAUCAUUCUCCUCACCAAUCGACUUCUUCAGUUCUUCCGACAGCGCUCCCUGCUCGAUCGCACGACUCUGUAUGACUUGUGUCAGCAUGGUCAUUGUCUGUUGCAAGGCACGCAGUUCCGUGCGGUUGCGAAGCCAUGGGGGCGUCCGUGAUCGAAGGGGCCUAAAAUCCUGGCUGGUUUAUGAGGAUGUCAGUCAUCAUGGAGGCAAUAAAACUCAGGCAACGCAGAUACUGGCUGUGGUAUCUUCCUGGUGGCAGUACUUACUUUUGAAGCAUUAGCCUGGCUCUUUCCAUUCGCACUGCUGUGGCCGGUGUCCUUGAGGUAGGCGAUGGCACCCUUGAGCGUCUUUGCUAAAGGGCUGUCUUUGGUCUGGCCCUCUGGCAAACUAUCGAAAUAACGUCCUGGGAUAAGCUUACACAUUUCAUCCCUCGCAUUAUUCUCUUCGUCGCGGCGGAUUUGCGCAUACUGCGCCGCUUGCGUCUAAAGAGCCAUGCUGGGGAUUAUCUUGAGUGCUGGCUGCCGCUGGAGCUCGUGUCUUGCGAUUAUGGAACCGGAACUACCACCAAUACGAAGUGCUCGGAUUUAUAUAUAUCUGGAAAGGACAGCAGUUGAGAAGAAUAGCUAACCACGCCACUACUGGACAGAACUUCGCAUGCCUCAACGCAGGUCAGGCGAUGACAAUACUGCAAUCGUCUGUUCACUCUGCUCAGCGCUAGGAUCAUAUCACUACUGGCAUGCCCUGUUCAUGAGUACAUUGGGCGUCCCUGAACAAUACGAAUCGAUAUUGCCCCAUGGGAUGAAUUCAGCACGCUGAGGUGGCGCUUUCAGAAUAGCGGAAUGUGGCAGGUCGACUCGACUCCGCCGGCGUAUGACAAGAAGAGCGAGGACAAGUGAAGCCGAUUGAUGGGAGAAAGAAGUGUUAUUUAUACACAUCUUAUUGCCCACAAAAGAAGAGGACUUUGGCUCGUGCCACGUACUUUCCACCAACUCUUCUUCGCGGCUUUGCAUUGAAGAAAGGAAAGAGAAAUCGCACCGCGAGCAACAAGAAGGUCAUUUUGAGUCUUGAUGCGACCUCCAUCCAUCCUGAACAUUCGAAGAAAUUGUUAUCUGUCAAGGAUAAAGAGACAAUCAACUUCCAUCAACCACCAAUAGCAUAGCAGGUGGACAUGAGCAACGAAUCCCCCCAAGCCUUUGUUUAUUUGCUGUGUCAGUCGGAGUUACAUCUGAUUUAGAAGGAUAGGGGCUAUGAACACUUCUUCUAUUGGUCACAUACUCCGUAGUUGUUCUUCUAUCAAGGUGAAAUUGAUCGAGGAGCUCCAGCCAUGAGCAGCUGGACAGCAUAAUGGUGCGGUUUGGAAGAAGGGGUGAAAUUCUGCAGGCAAUUUGCGAACAAGGGUCACGAGGAGGAGUCAACAUCCCGCGGAUCCAGAGUCCGGUGCAGGUCGAUAGAUGAGCGACGCAACCAAACGCGUGGCAGUGGGCAGUGAUUGCCAGUCACAUAUGCGUGACGACAGAUCAGUG